UAUACAUAAUUAUAUAUAUAUAUAUAUAUAUAGCUUGGCUUUAGGGUUAUAAAGAUAUGGAAACUGUAGAAAAAUAUGCUCAAAAUCAACAAAAAUUUGAGAAAAAACCCACAAAAAGAUUUCCAUCAUAUGUGGAUGCAAUCGAUAUAUCGCCGAAAGCAAAAACCGUAUGCGAAAUGCUAGCUAGGGUUUAUCCGGGUGACGUAGAAACCUCGUUAACUACGUUGGGAGUGAGUCUUGAGCCUGAGGUUGUAGAGGAAGUGCUUAAGUAUUCGUAUGGGUCGGCUAAAUGUGCAUUUGUGUUUUUUAAGUUUGUCGGUUUUAAACAAAAGCAUUCGGCUUCUGGGUGGAAUUUGUUAGUCGAUAUGCUUGGGAAGAAUGAGAUGUUUGACUCGAUGUGGGAUGUUAUUAAGUCUAUGAGGGAAGAGGGCGUGUUGUCGUUGACUACUUUUGUGUUGGUUUUUAGGAGUUAUUGUGAAGCGAGGAGGUUGAAUGACGCCGUGAUGACUUUUGAUAUGAUGGGUAAGUAUGGGGUUGAACCGGAUGUGGUGGCUGUUAAUGAACUUUUGAGUGCUAUGUGUCGUGAGGAGGGUCAGAGUGUGAAAGCGUUUGAGUUUUUUGAGAGGGUUAAGACUAAGAUAGCGUUAGAUGGAAACUCAUAUGCUAUUUUGUUGGAUGUAUGUGAGAAAGAAGGUAAUGUAGCUAAGGCGAAAUUGAUGUUUGGGGAGUUGGUGAUUCGUGUUGGAUGGCUUCCAACAAAUAUGGUGGCUUAUGAUGCUUUUUUGAGUACGUUGAUUAAAAGUUCUGAAACUGAUGAAGCGCUCAAGUUUCUUCAGGUUUUAAAGGGGAAGAACUGUUUUCCGGGUUUGAAAUUCUUUUCAAAUGCUCUUGAUAUUCUUAUCAAGCAGAAUGAUUCUGCUUAUGUUCUGUCGUUAUGGGAUACGAUGGUUGUUGGCGGAGUGACCCCGAAUGUGAUAAUGUAUAAUGCAAUGAUCGGUUUGCUAUGUAAGAACAAUGAUAUUGCUAGUGCUUUUCAACUGCUUGAUGCUAUGCCAUAUGCUGGAGAAUUUGCUGACCCGUUGACCUAUAACAUAAUCUUCCAAUGUCUGAUUAAGAACAAGAAGGUGAAGGAAGCAGGAAAAUUUUUCUUGGAGAUGAUUAAGAAUGAACAGCCUCCAACUCCUGCAAAUUGUGCUGAUGCCAUUUCAAUGUUCUUUGAUUGUGAGGAUCCUGAGAUGGCAUAUGAAAUUUGGUUCUAUAUGAAGAAGGUCAGUGUUACUCCUCUAGAAGAUGGUGCAAAUGCUUUGAUCAUUGGGCUUGCUAGUAUGGGUAGGCUAUCAGAGAUGCGGAGAAACGCAGAAAGGUUUAUGACAGGCAAAAUUAAAAUCUAUGAGUCUACAAUGUCAAAGUUAAAGCUUGAAUGCUUCAGGGAGGGUAGGAAAGGUCGUGAAAUAUAUGAAGAUCUUCAUAAGAAAUGGAAAUCUUCAUAGAUGUCAUUCACUGUUAUUACUAGUUUUUUUUGUCAAUAUGUAUGUUUUUAGUACAUGGAUGGAAGAACAUCAAUCAUAAGCAGAAACUUCUUUUGAGGUUAACUGCUUAUCGAUUUAUGAAACGGCUUAUGCAAUCUCUGUUUUUUUCCAUGGAA